AUGUCGAUCCUUCUGCUGCUGCUCAUAUGUAAUAUGGACAUAUGUGACGCUGAACCGUAUCUCCUGAUAGCUGAGACAACAAGUUGUGCAGAAUCACCACCAUGUAGUCACAUGUUAUGCUACGAGCACGUACAAUGCUUUCUCGCCUCCACUCUCUCGCCGAUCGUUGCCGGUUGUCGCACUCCCGAGAGGGAGCUGUUCUGCGUCUGUCCGUCGCUUCCGCGCCAAUUCUCAUCGUUGUCCUCAUCAUACCGUAAGCACGGAACAACCCAAUCCACUAUGAGUACUGAAAACUCAACUACAGCUUUAUCGGAUUCACAGGAAGAUGGUGGAGGCCUAAGCGGAGGAGUUAUUGCACUGAUUGUUAUUGGAGUCAUCCUUGCUGUGGUUCUUAUUGCUGUACUCGUCUUCUUCGUGGUGAAGUUGAUUCGAGAUAGGAGACGAAAUCACGGUGAAUACCGUCCCCAAUUCGAAGAACUACAUCAUGCAAAAGACUUGCCAUAUCUGCAACCGCCAGCCGUUGAAGGACUCAUCUAA